AUGGGCAAGUUGAGCCCUAGGUUCAUUGGGUUGUAUCGGAUUCUGAAGCGGGUGGGACCAGUCGCUUAUCAAUUGGAGCUACCUUUAGAGUUGGACCAUAUCCAUGAUGUGCUUCACGUCUCAAUGUUGAGGUGGCAUCAGUCUGAUCCAUCUCAUAUUGUCUCUGUUGAGGAGAUCGAGGUUAGACCGGAUUUGACUUUUGAGGAAGAGCCGGUUCAAAUUUUGGAUAGUAAUAUUAAGGUUCUGAAGAGAAAGUCCAUCCCAUUGGUUAAGGUUCUGUGGCAGAAUCAUGGCACUGAGAAAGCCACGUGGGAACCUAAAAACUUAAUGCGUCAGCAAUAUCCUCAUUUGUUUCUUUUAGGGGGUAGAGGUGUAACACCCUGA